AAAACAAAACAAAAGACAACAUACAAAUUAUAGGCUACCUAUAUUGAUAAAAAGCAUUUGCCCACAAUUCACAUGCUUGACCUAAAUCAUGGGUGAUCUGCCAAUAAACAAAAUCCAAAUCUCCGGCACAACUCUCACCUCUCUUCUCCACCGUCUAUUCUCAUCUCCAGGCGAUAUACACGGUCUCCUAUUCGGCCACGUGUCCUUCUCCACCACCACCCCCCUCUCCGACGACCUCACCUCCACCACGUCAUCCUCUGGCCCCACUCUCACCGCCACUAUCACUAAUUUCCUCUCUAUCCCAUCUCACUUCCCUCUCCCUUUACAUCAAAAUGACAAUUCUACCCUUCUUCUUGGUUGGUUUUCAGGUCGCCGUAAAACCCCUUUAAGACCUUCUUUAAAUGAUUCCCAAACUACCCUUUCUCUAACUUCUUCAUCUUCUUACCAUUUCACCCCGCAAGAUUCACCUUGUCCACUUUCACUCCCACCAUCUUUGUUCCUUUUACUAACAACCCCUUUUCAAGAACAACUAAUACACACCCAUGAAUACAAAUGUUAUCAGUAUCGUGUUUCAAGUGUCACAUUUGAGCCCAGAAGUUUGGAUAUUGUUAACAUUGGUCCAUCAUUUCGAUCGAAUUACGGCUCUUUCAGUCCUAUUUCGCCGUUUCCUACAAUGGCAUGUGAUUUAAGGGGACCUAAUGCGAUGGUUGAAGAUGAAAAGAUUGAAUCUUUGGUGGGUAUUAAGAGGGGUUUGAAGGAUCAGAAAGAAUUGGAUUUGUGUGCUGAAGGUUUUGAAAUUGGGAGAUUAGGUAAGUUGAUGGGAUCCGAUGCGUCGAAUUAUACGGCUGAAUUGGAGAGUUUGUAUGAUAAAAUGCUUGUUAAGCUUGAUAGUUUGGCUAGAUUGGUGGAAAAAAGCUCUGCUAAGGUUCUUGAACAGGAAAACCAUAAUAUGAAGUUAAGGAGCAAGGUUGCAGGCUUGGAAUGAAUUUUGAUAAUUCAGGUGGAAUUUCUCCUUUUGUAAGAUCACCUGCCGGUGAGGACAGCUGCUGAUGAAGCCUUUGCAGCUUGAUGUGUAAGAAUUGCUGCUUGUGGUUGUGCAUUUUUGAUGAACUGAGUUGAAGAUCUCCACAGCUUUUUCUGCUAUUCCCAAAUGUAUUUCUAGUAUGUGUAUGUUUAACCUUGUUUUUAUUAACAGACAGCCUUCUUUGUUCAUAUUCCCCAAUUGGUUAAAAGUUUCGCUUAGUUUGGGAUUGGUCCAAGACAAAAUGGCUUGGACUUCUUCUUUUA